AUGGAGGAAAUUCUGGACCAAGCGAUAGCACAUCAAAAUAUUGAUGUCGACAAAUUUCUUGCUGCCCACAGUAGUGAAGAUAGCCUGAAAUGCGGCGAUUCGGGAAACCUGCUCCACUUGAUUGUCGAGAAGAUUCGACUCUAUGAUACGGAUUUCGACAUAUUGAAACCACUUGUUCAAAAGGUGGCGGAGAAGUUUCCCCAACUCCUGGUUCACCAAGAGCAACAAGGAUGCAACCCUCUACAAUUAGCAGCCAGACAUUCUGUGUUUCAAUUUGUUCACUUCAUACUUUCCACCUACAAAAACAAUGCAAACGAAGAAGAGCCAAUUAAAAAGACAAUUAAAGAAUAUCUUGACAAGGCAAUUCUGCAGGAGAACAAAUAUGGUAUGACAAUUCUGCACACACUCUUUAGCAACUCCCUGCACGGCACCAAGCGUGACUUGGAUUUCGAUACGGUAAGAAUGCUUAUAGAGCAUACUAGCGAUGAAGGAUUGGCUGCAAAAGACACAAUCGGGAAUACCCCGAUGCAUCAUGUUGCGGCAUAUCAGUAUUGCACCCCCGAGGGACUUGAAAUCGUUAGGCUACUCAUCAAUCGGGACCAAAACGCUACUCAGCGGAGCUCUGAAACAACUCCGACGACAUUUCUCGACCAACAAAACAUGAACGGACAAUCGAUCUAUCAAAUGUUUAUUGGAUCCAAGAAUACUCUAAGAUCCAAGAAAAAGAUAAGAAAGGCGGUUGAUCAAAACCAACAGAAAGACGACAGAAACAAUGUACUCAAUGAUAGAGGCAACUUUACUACUGGAAAUGAAGAGAAAUCAAUGGAAACGGUGUUUCAGGAAAUGUCAUCGCUACUGAAACAACACUACAUGAGAACAAGGAAUCAUGAAAAGACGACCCGCUUCCUGUAUGGUGAAAAUGAGGAUGAUAUCCAAAUCAGCUUCAACUAUGAUGACUUGCCAACUGUACUCGACUGGGAUCGAUUCCUCAAAAUCUUUGGCGCAGACAGCAAAACCGGUCUUAAAUUCGAUACUACGCUACAAUCCGUAACCUUUCCACAAGCCGACUUAGGGUUCAAAAUACCCAAGCGCACUAUCCAACUUGAACUCGGGUUGCGGCCCGAGACAUUCCCACAAGCCGAUGCGGCGUUCGAGGUGCCUGAGUCCAGCCAUGGACUCUAUCGCGCGUGUCUCCCAGGAACAUUUCCACCAGGCGUUAGGGUGUUCAAAGAGUGCGAGACCCACAUCAUAAGGGAAGCCGAGAACAAUCGAGAGCAGCUUCCCGCUCAUCCUGCCAUACAAUAUUUCUUUGAAUGGCUAUAUAACAAAGGGGUCCGUCAUAUCAUAAAACUAUCAGUCGGCGGGGGUGAUAGCUACCGAGUAGUUGAUGUUAUUCAGUGGUGCUUGAGGCAGUUCAAGGUUGAGCGUCUUGAUUGGCGGAAGUUGGACCUAAACCCUGACAUCCUUCUCCAUGCAUGGCCUGAGAGUAAAGAAAUGGGAUUGGUGACACCACGAAACCCCUCGGAGGAAAACCCCUUGAAAGAGCUGUGGCUAAGAUGGAGUGGCAACGUUUCCAUCCUUGAUGCAUGGAGCGCGAUGGAAGGCUUGCCAAUGCUACCAAACCUCAAGGUAUUGCAUGUGUAUACGCCUGAGUAUAAUGAGCAAAUUGAUCCCGGUAAUCUAACGGCCCGGAAUCUCGAGAAGUUUCAAAAACAGCUCAAAGAGAACUCCACCAAAGCCCGUAGUUCUAUACCCAUAGCCGAUCUUACCCGAUAUAUUGAGAGUUGUUCUGAAAACGCAGCCAUACUUUCAGCGGAUCUUGAGAGAUUUAUAAAGUCUCACCCUUGUGGUACUCAUGCAGAAAUUCGUGAGAUUAGCGUGAAUAUCAUAGAAAUUGCAGACGAUGAUCGCUCUCAACGGUGGCUGGUGUCUACCUCCAAAUUUGCCAAUGCGAUGAAACCUUUCUGGGAGAACACAUUAGGCAACUUCAAAAAAUGGAGUGAAGAGGAGGUCAAAAACGGGAGUGAAGAGGAGGAGGAAAUAUCAUCUUUAGCAGGAAACGAUGUUGUCGUGGCCUUGAUUGAUGACGGUGUUGACAUGGUGGAUGAGACGCUACACAACCAAGUUCUAAUUGGAACAAGUUUCGACUAUGACACCGUUGAAAAGGGAGGAGAAUUACGACCUCCAUCCACGUCAGCGAAGGGCCACGGCACAGUUAUGGCUAACAUGAUUUUGCAUGUGUGUCCAAUGGCCAAGAUUUACCCAAUCAGAAUCCCGACGAAAAGUCUCAAGGAAAGCGGAGGUCAUAUUGACAGGAAAAUAAUUGCAAAGGCCAUCAAAGCUGCAGUAGAAAAUGGGGCAACCAUCAUUUGCAUGCCAUGGAAAAUGGCCGAUAUUUGGUCUAAAGAGGGGAUUCCCGACAAUUUAUAUCACGCUCUGGAUGGCCUUGAAGUACAUGAAAUUCAGAUGUUUUACCCGGUCACUCAAAAUGAGUUUUUCGAAAAAUAUGGUGGUUUCACCCGUCCUUGGUCAGACACCGCCUUUCCUGUUGCCGCUGCGCAUGCAGAUGGCAGUGUUUCUACCCACAAGGGGUUCAUCUUCCCCGGUGCCGAUGCCAUAAUGAAACAAAUACAGAUCAAUAGCUCCAAGGCGAAUCCAGUUCUUGAGAUUACAAGCCGUGCUUCAGGCGUCAAGUUUCAAACAAACGCAAGCGUGUCAACGGCUUUAGCCGCUGGGGUUGCCGCCAUGCACCUUUACACUGUCAAGGCAACCAUUAUGAAUGCCCAUAUGUCAUCCUCUGUGAACAGUAUGAUACGCUCGAGUGAGAUGGAGGCCGCCAUUCAAAUUUUUGGUUUCCCUGGAGCUAUAUAUCCUUUCAUGAGAAAAUUGACUCGGGGGACUCUGAAUGAGUUAAUCACAACCUGGGAUAAAAGAACACGGUUUUUGGAAUCAUCGCCAGCUUACAACAUGCAGAAGAUGGCAGAAUAUUUUCUAGACCCUGUGAUUAAAAGUUUCAAAGAUUUAGAUGGGGAAGAUUAUAGCAUAGAAGAGCAGAGGCUCAUGAAGUUUGUACGCUUGAUUCACAGGGCCUCUCGUUGGGGUUGA